AUGGCCAAGAGCAAGUUUGAAUACGUCCGCAACUUUGAAGCAGAUGACACUUGCCUCAGAAACUGCUACAUUGUGGUCAGACUUGAUGGUCGCAACUUCCACAAGUUUGCAGAGCAGCACAAAUUCACUAAACCCAAUGACAACAGAGCUCUCGGUCUGUUGACUAGAAGUGCCCGCUCUGUGAUGGAAGAGCUUGAAGAUGUUGUCAUUGCUUAUGGCCAGAGUGAUGAGUUCAGUUUUGUUUUUAAAAGAACCACACACUGGUUUAAGAGAAGAGCCAGUAAAUUCAUGACCCACGUAGCCUCCCAGUUCUCUUCCUCGUAUGUGUUUUAUUGGAAAGAAUUUUUUGGGGACCAGCCGCUGCUGUAUCCUCCGGGCUUCGACGGCCGUGUUGUGCUUUAUCCCACUAAUCGCAACCUCAGAGACUAUCUGAGCUGGAGGCAGGCCGAUUGUCACAUCAAUAAUUUGUACAACACCGUUUUCUGGACAUUAGUGCAAAAAGGAGGACUCACAACGGUACAAGCCGAAGAACGCCUUAAGGGAACAUUGGCCGCAGACAAAAAUGAAAUCCUAUUUUCUGAGUUUGAUAUAAACUACAACAAAGAGUCUCUUCUUCACAGAAAAGGAACUACUCUGAUUUGGGAAAAGAUAGAUGAAAGUGUCACUAAGCGCAUGAAGAUUCCAAACGAGGAGGAGAAAGAUGUGAUCGUGACUCGGAGCAAGAAGACGGUCCAGGCCCAUCACUGUGACAUCAUAGGAGACCAGUUUUGGGAGGACCACCCGGGCAUUUUAGAGGCUGACAGCUAG